GAUUCCCGGCCCCGACGGAAGGUGCUGCGUGGAUCGGUGCUGUGCUGCUCCGCUGUGAACAUGGAGAGUGCGAGUGGGGGAGCAGGCAGCCCCGGGCUGGGGAGGCUGUGUCCGGGAGGCAGCAAACCUCUGCUCGGUGCUAGCUGCUGGAAAGCUGUCCUGUCGAGCAGGGCUGGGCACCCACAUCCUCAUGCAGAGAGCAGCUGGUACUGGGCCAUGAGCAACGCCACGGCCCCCACAGCCCCAGGCACCACGGGUGACUCACUGGUGGGCUACGUCCUGGGACCCUUCCUCCUUGUCACCCUCCUCGGUGCUGUCCUGGCCGUGGUGAUGUACGUCCAGAAGAAGCGACGGUUUGACCACCUGCGGCACCGCCUGCUGCCCAUGUACAGCUACGACCCAGCCGAGGAGCUGCAGGAGUCGGAGCAGGAGCUGCUGGUGGAGGCAGAGGACACUCGGGUGGUGCCUGGCUGGGGCGGACCCUCAGCCCAUCGACCCUCACGCAGGGACUGGAAGGCCUGAUGCUGCCCACAGAACCGGGGCCAAAUCCUGCCCGCAGGAGCCAAGGGAGGAGGGGAUGAGCACUGCCACUGUGCCCAGGAAGGGCAAGAUGCGCCCGUGGCAGCCUGGUGAUGCCACUGCCUGGGAGCCAUCCCUCCCUGCCAGCACUGCAAGUGGUUUUCUCCCACUUUUGCACACUUUUGCCAUGACUUUUUGCUUGAACUGUCCCAGCAGCCCCUUCAAAUGCACCAAGCAGGACAGCUGGGGCUGGCACCCUGGCAGGGGAGCAGCCAGGCUCCAGGGCUUUGGUGGGCAGAGGGCAGGAUGCCCAUGGUGGAGCAGCAUGGUGUGUAUGGAGCAAAUAAACGUGGGUCUGUGUUCA